UGAUCAACGGACGAUGAAAAAUUUGCGCUCCUUUGCAUCCUACCGUGAACAGUGAAGAUCACAAAAUUCUAUAAUGUCAACAACAAGUGGUAGCCUGCCCAGUUCGGCCGCAUCCGAGGACUCAGUCAUGUCGUUGGGUUCGGACGAUGGAAAUUUCGACAACAUACACGUCGUGGUCAGAGUUCGGCCUCUUACGCGCCAAGAAGAAGGAAGAAAAGAUAUACAAGCAGUAAGGUUUCCGGCAGAAGGGCAGAUUGCGUUGGAUGACCAUUCAGUGGGGCAGCCACGUGUAUUUACUUUUCACGUGGUUUUCGAACCAGAAGCUACACAAGAAGAAGUAUUUGACCAUUGUGGAAUAAAAAGACUCAUAGAUAUGGCUUUAGAUGGGUUUGCAUGCACUGUUUUGGCCUAUGGUCAAACUGGAGCUGGUAAAACUUACACACUAACUGGUCCACAGAGUGAUGAUUUACUCCGCCCAGGCGUAAGACCGUCCCCUGGUGUCGUCCACAUGGCUUUUGCUUAUCUUUUUAACCAAAUAAAGCAAAGAAAAGACAUUGAAUACAUAGUACAAGCUUCCUACAUGGAAAUUUACAAAGAACAGGUAUUAGACUUACUAAAUCCGUCCACAAAACCUCUAGCUGUCCGGUGGUCCAAAGAAAAAGGAUUCUAUGCAGAAAAUCUAUUUAGUGUUGAAUGUGAAGACGCUGGAGACUUAGAAGGAGUCUUGGACGAAGGUCGCAAGAAUCGCCAAGUGCGAGCCCACAACAUGAACGAGCAUUCAUCGCGUAGUCACACAAUUCUCAUCCUAACCUUGACAUCUGAAGUUCGAGAUUCAGAAGAUCCCACUCAUUACAUAAGGCGGUACGGUAAACUGUUUUUGGUGGAUUUGGCUGGAUCAGAGAAGACGAAGAAAACGAAUAGCCGUGGAGAAACCCUCAAAGAAGCCAACAACAUAAACAAAUCACUCUUAGUGUUAGGAAACUGCAUAUCUGCUCUCGCUGAUCCCAGAAAGCGAAGUAGUCAUAUUCCGUAUAGAGACAGUACGCUUACAAAGCUACUGGCUGACAGUUUAGGAGGCAGUGGUCUGGCUUUAAUGAUUGCCUGCGUCUCACCAAGCCGAGUCAACAUUGCCGAAACACUCAACACCCUCCGAUAUGCAUCUAGAGCAAAGAGAAUCAAAACCAAGCCAAUGGUUCGAAUGGAUCCAAGGGAACAAUUAAUAAUUAGUUUGAAAAGAGAAGUUCGUGUUCUUCGCAUGGAAAACAGCUUUUUAAGGCAACAGUUGCACUUAGAUAAUGGACUGCUAACGAACAACAAAGGUGCUGCCGCUGUUCGAGGAAACGUGCUCGUAGAUGAUAUGAAACCAGAUGAAUUGAAGACUAUGCUUCAACAAUACAUGAAUGACAACGAAUCUCUAAGGGAAGAAAAUGCUGAAUUGAGAUUUACCAACGACUUACUCACUAGAGAACUUGAACGAGUGAAUAAAGAAAAUGAACGGCUCCAGAAAGAAAGAACUAGGUCAGCUAAACAAACGAGGAGACCAGAUAGCAUAACUGCGUCAAGAGCAGUGCUGGGAUCUUCCGAUUCUUUGAUUGAUUCAAAUACUUGGAACAACGGUGCUUGGAGAUCGAUUAUAGAUGCUGAUGGCGAAAUUGAAUAUAUGAAUAAUCUGAACAAUAAUUUGACAAACAAUGGACGAAACCUACUCAACAGACAACAGCAACAACUUACACCAGCCAAGAGAAAAGUAGGGAAAAGUUUGGGAGAUAUAACAGAAAAUCAGGACGAAAACGAAGAAAAACAGCCAGUAGGCUUAAGAAGACAAAGAAGAAAUUCUUGGGGCAGUGGAAUCCCGAGACCUGUGGAUAACAGCAGAUCUUCUAAGUCUCCCCCACAGCAUACACCUACUGACGCUGACGCAGAAGAGAUGUUUGAAGACAGAAUUACACCAGAAUCAAACCCAACUACACCAGGCUCAAAGUUACCACCGCUUCUUUCUAUGCUCAUGCCUAAAAGCAGAGACAGGAAAAAAUCAGGAAAUAAAUCCAAAUUAAAAGAUCCAAUUGAUGGUGAAACUUCUACAUUGGCUAGAGAUCUAGAACAAGUGCAAAAGGCAAUCAGAGGUGAAUCAAGAGCAAGCAUGCGACCGACCAGGUAGUGGAUACUGUAAAUAUUGACCACACAACCAUACAUAAUUAUAUAUUUAAUACUUACUAACGGAAAAAUUGUACAUAAUGUUGUACAGAAAAAAUAUAUGUGGAAACACAGAUGGUUUAAAGAAGAGAUGAAUUUUAUUAACAUAAUUUAUCACCAUUGAAAAAAACAAAAUCAAAGUAUGCAACAUUGAUGCAUUGUUGAAAU